AUGGCGGCCGUGACUGAUUUAAGCGCUGCCCAACCCACCCUCCAAGCAGAGCCUCUGGCCUUUGAUGGAGGGAAAGACCCAACGACAUACACUCGCGUAUCGGAAUCCGAAGCGGAACCGGAGCCAGGGGAAGACCAUCAAGAAGAUCUAGAUAAUGGCGAGGAUGUAGGUGAAGAUAGCCCAGGUGCAGAGCCGUCAAAUCAGCCGGAGCCGAAGAGGGAAGAAAACUCACGGCCUUCUAAAAAACGCAAAAAUAAGCAGAAAAAUAAGACGAAUACCCAUGUGGAAGCCACGAAUCAUGAGGAUGACGACAAGCCCGUAGCGACACCAACGGCAUCGAAGAAAAACAAAAAGAAGAACAGCAAGAAGAAGAAUAAGGGUGCGGCAAGCACACCUGCGAUCAAGGAACCUCAGUCCGACGCCAAGGCUGACGAGGCACCACCCCGGGAGGUGGAAGAGGAGGGCGUGCCUACGGUGGAAGCAGAUUCGCCAGCUCCUGAGCCCCCCCGACACACGAUUGAAGAGGCCGACACUGGAGUGGUGAUGGAAGACACCCCUGCAGUUGAGGAAGCGGCGGCUGGCUCCGAGGUUCCCGUACCUGCGGUUGAAGAGGCGGAGGUCGUGGUUAUGCAGCAGGAGACAGUCGUGGCCGCCGAGGAACCGACGACUCAAAAGGUAUCCCCUGAGGUGCCGACCACUGAGGCCCCAGCUGAGGAGAAAGCUGAGGAGGAGAGCCAACCUGGUAAAUCCGUAUCGGAAUCAGAAGCACCAGCUCCCGAGGUCAUUGCAGCCACCACUGUCGAACAAGCUGCACCAGCGGCAGAAAUCCAUCUCGAGGCAGCCAUGAGCGAUUCUAAGCCUGAGACGGAAGCGCCCGAACCUGAAGGACUAAAGGAAGAGACGCCAACUCCUGCGGCGACUCCCGAGGCAGCUACUUCGUCCCCUGAACCUGGAGAAGUAUCUCAGCCUGAGAAAGCAGAGGAGGAGACGGCCAUGGCGGCUGAAGAGCCGGCAGCUGCGAGUACAAACGCUGAUGCUUUAGCUGAAGUAUCUACCACGGAAGCAGACGCGCCGCCAGGAACAGUGACUGAGACGGAGGGAAAGCAUGGCGAUGAAGCUGCCACUGAAGCUUCCACCGAAACGAAUCCUACCGAAGCGAAGGUGUCCGAGAAUACAGACCCUGCGCCGGAAGAGGCAUCUGUGGACAAGGCUGCUGAGGGUGAACAUAUUGAUGAAAAACCAGCCGAAGAAUUAGUGACCGAGGCCGUCGUGGUAGAAGGUCUGAAGGGAGAAGUAGCUGCAGUUGAUGAUACGAGUCCUGCUCCAGUGCCAGCUGCCGAGGGUUCUCUGAAGCUUAUGGAAGAAUCAGAUGAAGCCGUUACCUCGGAGGAGCCUGCCAAAUUGGUUGAAGAAGCUGCACCUACUGAGGUGGCGACUGAGAUUGAAACAUCUGCCCCCGAGCCAGCGACGGAAACCCCCAAAGAAUCGGUGGCCGAGACUACGGCUCCUGAGGAGUCCCCAAAUCAAUGUCCUGAGGCUGAGCAAACAGCUGCCCAAGAACCUGACAUCCAGCCCGCAGCAGUGGAAACGGCUGCGCAAGCCACUCCUACUGGAGAUGAAGCUACGGAAGAUUUGCCCUCAGGGGACUCUCUUGUUACAACGGAAACCGCAUCGGAAGACAAACCUCCUUCCGGUACAGUUUCUGCUGAAGGACCGACUAAUGAUGCUAUGGAGGAGUCAGCAGCCCAGGAACAAGAGGGCCAGUUGACAUCGACUGAGGCGUCGACUCUUGACGAAGUAAAGGAAAAAGCUAAAGAAGAGGCGCCUGCUUCCACGGAUCCACAAGCUCUUCUAACGACUGGAGAUGCGGAAGCAUCGCCGGACGCUGGCUCUUCACCAGCUCCAGAGUCAACUCCAGAAUCUAAGAGAGAGUCUCCGGUGGAGUCAGCGGAAGUGGAAAUGACGGCUGAAGAACCAGCAACGCACGAAGGUUUGGCCGGAGUGGCAGAACCUGAUACAGGCGAUGACGCUGAGACUGCUGAACCAGAGCCUGUCCCAACAUGUCUAAACGAUGGUUCAGAAUCUCAAAAGGCAGUGGAUGGUGCCAUUGAAGAAGCAUCUCAAACCGAAGCAAGUACGGCAGCAGAAGCCAAACUAGACGAUACUGAGCCCGAUUCACAAACCGAGCCUGCGUCUGACUCUGCGCGUGCGAUUGAAGAACCAACAGCAGAGGAGGCUAAACCUGAAGCUAUUGCGACGGAAGCCGCUCUAGACGAGGCUGUCAAGGAAGAAGAAAGGGCCGCAGAACCAAUAGAGAUACCAGUUUCCGUUAGUGAAGAAAAAGAAGAGCCUAAACAGCACCCGCCCGACAAUGCUACUGGAGCUGCAGAACUUGAGAACGAUAAGACGGACACUCAGACAGAGGACCUCAACACUGUGGGUCCAAUAGAAGAAGACAAGCCAGCCCAAGAGAUAGCUGCACAGGCAGAAAUCACGGAGCUGACUGACAUGACGACAGCUACAUCGUCACAAGAAGAUCCGUCUGAUCCCACCAAUGACGGCGUCGAAGCUGCAACUGCACCUGUGGAUGAGCCUACUGCUACUGAGAUGAAGCCAGAGGAGUUAGGUGCCGAUAGUUCGACCGCCGAAGCUGCGGAGGAAGUGAAGAUAGAGGAAACUACAACUGGUGCUGGACAAUCCGUGAGCGGAGAGUCCGCAGCUGCUCCAGUGAGCGAUGACGUACCCGAGACAACUGAGCCACAGGAUGAAGAGACAUUGCCAGAGAAGCCUGCUGUCGAUGAGUCAAAACCUGAAGAUGGUGCCCCUGAUGGAACUAAAGAUUCCGAAGUCUCUGAAACGGACCCAACUGAAACUCAAAGUGCGAAGCCUGACGAACUAGGAGCGGAGGAUAAAGACCAACCUUCGGCUGAAGCAGGAGCCGCUGAAGCCCUGGCAGAGGAAUCGGAGACCAGUGAUACGGCCGGAUUAACUGUCGAGGUUGCCACAGCUGAUGAAGCCACCACUGCAGCCGAAAUUUCUACCAGAGAGACAAAAGCGACCAAAGAGCCUGAGCCCAUUACAAAUGAAAAUACAGCCUCUGUUUCCGAGUCUGUAACAAACGAGCAAGACAAACAAACAGAAGGCUCGAGCCUUGACAAUGCUGAGACCAAGCUGGAUAAGGAAUCUGCCGUCUCUGAAGGGCCUGACAAAGCUGACGUAAGAGAUGCACCUGCCCCUGACAAUGAACACUCAGAGCCGCAAUCGGACUCUCUGAGUGAUGAGCAGGUAUCAACAGUCAUCAGAGGACCCGGAGCCUCAGGCGAAGAAACGGGUGUCAAAGAACUAACCGAUGGAGCCGAAGAAAAGCCCAAGCCAAAGGAAUCGGAAGAAACGAAAGAAAGCGAGGACACUUCCGACACUCCAGCCCUAGCUGCCGCUCCAGCAGAAUUGAAGGAAGUAGCAGCUGAUACGGAGGUUGAAGAGCCAUCUGACACUGUUGUGAAAACCAGUGAUGACCAAGCUGCCGAAGAACCCAAUGCUGAACAGACUGCGGACAUUGAAGAGGCGGUUCCUGUUGAUGACAUUGUCAAGCCUACAGAUGAGACUACCGCCGUUCCUGCAACUGAAACUACCGCCCGGUCUCCUGAUUCCACAGAAUCAGAGACUGAAGGCCUAGCUGGAGACCAGCCCCAGGAAGCCGACGUUCCGGUAGAGCCAGUUGAGGAUAAGGUGGAAGCAGCUGAAGUAGCAGCUAUACCUGAUUUUGAAGAGACAAAUAGUGCAGCUAUUGUUGAACCACAGGAGCAGGAAAAGGAGGCAGUUCAGGAUGAAGAUUCAACAAAUAUACCCGAAGCCCCUCCUGAGACUGUUGAAGAGGAGCCUGCACAUAAUGAAGAACCUGUUAUUGACGAUGUUGCUGAUACGACUGGGAACCUUGCCCUUACUUCUGAUGAGGACAAUGCCGAGACAGAUAUCAUGAAGGAGGCUAAUGAGGCACCCUCUGAUGCCAUCGAGAACAAUGCGGCUGAACCUCCUGCUUCUGCAGUAUCAGUUGAGGACCAAGAGGUAGCAGAGGAAUCUAAUGUCGAUGACAGUGCCUCUGAAGCCAAGCCUGAUCUCAACGUUGAUGCUCCACAUGAGCUAUUGAUAGAAGAAGAUGAUGGUCCAGCGGACGCAUCGUUUGCAGAAGAACAGGCGCCCAAAGAAGAUGCGCUAAUUCCCGCAGAGCAUGGUGACGAGAAUACGGAUGGUCUGCCUACAAAAGACGAAGCGAAAACAUCAGAUCAGAUUGAAGUCGCUUCUGAAGAAGACAAGGAAGUUGUCACUGUCGAAGCCACCGGAGAAGCCUUCCAAGACAAGGUAGCUCCCGAGAGCGCUACCAAGGUCGCUGAACCGAAUGCUGCCGCCGAGGAUGUGGAGGAUGCAUCCCCUGAUCCGCCCACAGAGACCGGGGAGCCAGCCCAGGCUGAGACCAAGGAAGAGCUUGUCCACGCAGAAGAUGCCGUCGUUGCAGAGAAGCAACCGGUCCCUGACCCACCUAGUGAGCCUGUUGAAGGUGAACGGGAAGAAGAAACGGAAAUAGACUCCAAGGAAGAAGCCGAUAUUCUUGCCACACAGCCGGUGGUUGAAGCAGAGGCGAAAGGACCCGAGCCACAUACUGAGGUAGCGGAAGAGACUACUACCAAAGCAGAUAUCGCUGAAGAAUCUGACGCUGUUGCUGCUGAUGAGGCAUCGUUAGGAGAGGCUCCAGAUGCCGACGAGACUGGAGCCCAAGUUGGCUCCAAAGAUGAAACGGAGCCGACAGCAGAGCCAGCAGCAGAAGCCCAGGAGCCAGCAGCUUCGGAAGAGCUCAGGGCAGAAGGCGUCGCUGAGACUGAAGCUGUAUCCCCUGAAGCGGCUGCGGCUGAAGAGGGAGGAGCCAACACAGAGGAGGCAGCUGCUGAAGUUGCAGAGCCAGAAGAAGCUGAGCCUGUAUCCGCCGUCGAAGUUGCUGAAGCCGAAACAUCCGAUCCCGAUCCCGAGGCCGCAAAGUCACAGAAGGAGCCAGGGGCACUGGCCGCCGAGGAAUUAGAACCAGAGACUGAAGCUGAAGCGAAGGAACCAGAGCCGUCCCAUCCUUUGGAGCCUAUCGAAGAGCUCAAAAAGGGAGAGGCUGAGACAGAAGAGACAGAAGAUUACUCUCCCAAAGCUGCUGCCGCGGCCAUUGCUGCUGGCAUUGCUGCUGCAGCGGGUGGAGCUGCUCUCGCCGCUGCCGCAGGGUCAAAAGAUGGACCAGUGGCGCCCAAGACACCCGAGGAAGAAGAGAGCAAGGACACGGUUGGACCAAUACCUAGAGAUGGAAAAUUGACUCCCAAGUCGAAGAAAGGUGAGGAACUACAUUCUUUUCAUGAUACCCCGAUCGAGUUUUUGGAACCUGUAGAAUAUACCAGUUCCGGGAGGGCUGGAGAGGACGAUGGCGAUGGCGCUUUGAUGUCACCAGAAACAGAGGAAGCAGUCGAGUUGCGGCCUGCUGCUACUGAGGUUCUAAACAAGGCUACUGCAGCGACGCGUAAAGCCCCGGAACACAUGGUGGCAGAGGACCUCGCCAUGGGCGCCAUCGAGGAGGUGGGAACAGAGGAAUCAGUCCUUGCUGCUGAACAAGAUCCUCUCGUGGAACAAGUAUCUCAACGAACGCCGCGGUCAAUUCCUGGGCCCGAAGCUAUUCCGGUUGAAGGACCUUUGCUCCAUCCAAACGAAGAGCGCAAUACUAUGGUCUCCGCGACCGAGGAGCAGAGUCUGACAAAGAAUGAUAAUCUUGCUUUGGCUCCAGCUAGUAGAACACGACCUGACCAAACCGCAGAGUCCGCUGUGCUAGAUGAUUUCAAAGACGAGUUGGGUCAACGAGCCGCAAUCAAGCUUGUUCUCGAAAAUAUCUCAAAAGAGUCUGCUGCAACUGAAGAGCCGGUGGCACGAGCUAAGGAGAAGCACGCUAUGGCCGUGGCUGAAGAAGAAACCCCGCCCAUGGCAGAAGACUUACUUGCGUUGGACGACACCAAGGAUGUCUUGGGCCUUCAAAACGAGAACGAGGCUUUUGCUGCCGAUAAUGCUAUCCUAGAGCCUGUUCCGGCUGGGUCUACCAAAGGUUUAAGUUCCUCGGUCACACAAGAGCCCGUCUUGCUGGACGAUCCGACCAAAGAGGUAACACCAAAGGCUCCGGAAGAGCUGGAAUCGGUUGAAAUUGAGGCGUUAGAUACCGCCCAAAAGGCGCCAAUCGUCGUAGAUGACACUGCAACGGACGCGUCCGUUUCGCCUCAAGUCAGCGAAGAAGCAAUCCCUGAAGUUGCCCGAGCAUCUGCUUCUUGUACUGCCUCUCAGGAGGAGGAACUUCCACAUGCCGGAGAGCCCACUUUAGAGUCCACGGCGAGACCCAAUUCCACGGCGGCUAGCUCUGUCGCUACCAUCCCCCUCGAUCCUGAAGAAUACAAUGCGGCAGCCAUUGAAGUGUUUGAGACGGCUUCGGACCAAAAUCUAAGGUCUGCUGUUAGUGAAGCCGCCAUUGUGGAUGAGGCAACAAAGCAUCCAACGACGCCAAAGUCUGCUGAUUUUGUCUUGGACACGGGCUUUCAGUCAUAUCCAGGUACAGACAAGCUCAAUCUGUUGGACGAGCGAAAUGAGAACCCUGUGGAGGGGCCAAAGCCUCUGCUCACUAAAGAUCUUGCGCUGGUCAACAUCGCCCAGGACGUGGCGUCUGUUGAGGACACUAUCAGCUUGGACAAUUCGAAAGUAGGCUUGGCUCAUGGGGCUGCACAGAAAUCCGGCGUUGUCCCAAUCCGAGAUGCGGUUGCCGCAGCUAAGGCGCCGGCUGUGUUGGCGCAAACGGCCGACGAAUUAGAUUCCGGGAUCAAGGCAGAGUCCAUUUUGGCUACAAAACCUGACACUGGUUCUGUUACCGAAGUCACUCAAGAGUCCAUCCUGUCGCAAGUAUCGACCGAUGAGGCUGCGAUCGAGGGCGAGCCAAGUAUCCGAGAGGUCGCCGGGGAGUCAGACGAAUGCAUACCUCUCCGGGCAGUUGAUCCAAUUGCGUUGGCAAUAAUGGGUGGAUCCCUGAUGAUGUCAGAUAAAUCAAGGACAUCUUCAAUUGUCGAGGGGAAUGUCCCUCCAGCGAAAGCCCCUGAGGAGACUGUGCCCCUGGAUAAUAAGCCUGAAGAGCUGGUGGCUCAGGAAGCGGCCGACGCAGAAUCUGAAGAUGUUGCUCCUGUCAUUAUUGACAACAGCUAUAAAGGAACAAAUACCGAAGUUGCAGAGCCCAUAGCAACCGAUGCCGAAAAAAGUUUCGAAGACAAUGCUGCUGGACUGACUCAAGAUGACCCUCUGUCGGAGUCUUGGGCACUAAUCGAGGACGCCGAGGACUCCAAAUUCAAGUCAGCGGAGGAAAGCGUCAUAGAACAGGAUGUACAAGGGCCUUGUGACCCAGAUUCUGAAGACAACGCAACAGUUGACCUGUCGCAGCCGGAGAUUCCGGAUGAUGCUUCUCUGGUCGAAGAAACAGAAGCCGAAGUACAGGAGCUAAACACUUUGGAAGAAACGCUUCCUGAUGCAGCUGUAGAGAGCAUUGUUGAAGUCAAAGAACCGGAUUCUGAUCUGUCAGCUGAACCGUCAGUUGGGUCAGUCCUUGAAGUUGCAGAGAUUGCGGCAGAGGACCAGACACUUGGUCCUUCAGCAGAACAGGCGGCAACAGCACUUGCCAUGGAAACUUCAACUGAGCGUUCCAGGGCCGAGACACAAGCUGAAAUGGCUACCUCUAGCCAAGCAGUCCUUGUUAUUCCUGAUAUUCCAAAGACCAAGCUAGAGAUCGAUGCUUCGCCAACUGAAUCUGUUGAGCGGAAAGACAUGGCAGAAAUAGCUGUAGAUCAGGAACCGGUGGUCCAGGCAGCGGCAGAGGCUUUGAUCGAGAUGAGGCUGAGUCAUGAAGCAGCUACUGGUGAUUCCCCAGAACAGGCUCGUUUUCCUGAUAUCGAUGAGGAAUUUGUCGAUGCCUCUGAAGAAGCUCAGCAGGAGGUGGAUGCAUCUGUCACUGCUGAGCUUGUAUCCUCACCGCUCGAAGACUUGGACCGGCGGUAUCCCCGGGAAAUGGUAGUCGAGCUCCUGGUUGAAGACGGUGCGCCUGCUACUGGAACCGCAAUUAAAGAGCACCGAAAGUCAUCGGAGGAGAAGGUCGUCCAAGCCGAGAGCUCAACUGAGAAAUCUGGCAGCCGAAUCGUUGAUAUUGCCUCGGCGUCUACUGGGAUAACAGCCCUUCCGUGUGCGGCGGUAGCCGCCGCUGCUGGGAAGUUACAUGAUUCCAUGUCAAAUCGUCUGGCAGACCUAGCUGUUCAGUACGAAAAGUCUCUGGAACCCGCUGAAGCAACACAAACAGAGCAACUUCGGGACGUCACUGAGGCACAAGAGAAAUUGGCUCCCACCGGUGAGAUUUCUUCUCGUGCAGCUACAGAACCCGAAGUCGAACCAACGCACAGUCCUGGCCUCACGGCACAUGCAAGCGAUGUCGAUUCAAGAGCCCCUACACCCGCUGUGUUUGUCCCCGACUUGACAAUGGUCGAUCAACAACGAAACAAGACUAUGAAGCGCAAGCAGAAACUCGCGGUUAGGAACGCCGAGGAUGCAGUUGCGGCUGCAGUUGUCAUUUAUGCCACUGCUGAAGCUUUCAGCCCUCCCGCCAGCCCCAAAGCCGGUACCUUUCAGGACCAUGAAGAGGAAUUUUCCUCGGUUGUUUCACGGGAAAUUGUUGAGGAGGACUUGACACAGCUUGAUACUGACUUAUCUGCAGACGAAUCUUCAAGAGAGCCUCGAGCGUCAAGUGGCGAAAGGGAGAGGGAGAGGCAUCGCCGCCGCAGGCAAUCUUCUCACCACUCUAACCGAUCUAGCCGCAGCCGUGGCGAAGAGGAGCACCGUGAGAGCAGACGCCAUUCAUCUCAUGGGUCUCACGGCUCACGAAGCCAUCGCCGUCAGUCUGAUGACACGCGGGAAGAGGCAUCAAAGUCGCCUCCGAGAACGCCCAAGCGACGAGACAGCGGUGUCUCCGGAGAAAGCUCUGCAAGUUCUGGCAAGAGGCGAACACCGGAAGAACAAGCCGGGCACGAACGACGCAGAGCCGAGCGUCAGCCUAGUGAACAAAACUCGGAGCAUCGGGGACGGUCAGAGCCUUCGGAGCCCUCGGAGCGCUCCGCGCAUAGAGACCGUAGGAACAAUAGAGACGUGGACCCCCCUGCGGAGCGAAGCCAUCGCUCCUCGCGCCGACAUAGCCACUCCAGCCAGCACAAGUCGGAACGGGUCCCAUCCGCUUCUGCUCCUGUCGAAAGGGAACCAGUUGCGCAAUCCUCUGACAAGCGAUUUUUUGAGCUCAAGAACAGCGAAGGGAUAGUAGGCAGCGGCUUGCGCCCGACGAUCGCAGGAGAGGCCAAGUAUGAAUACGAAAUCGAAGCUCCCAAGCGAUCCAACACCACUCGAUCCAAACCCGGAGCAGGACGGCCGUCAACCGACCAAUCUCGUCCCAAGAGUACGAAGACACGAGAGUCAACCGAUGCUCCCCGAGGCUCUUCAUCGAAGGGCAGUACUACUACAGCUUCCGAAGACAACGCGCGACGAGCUAGAAAGACGGAGCGUAGCAAGAAGGGAGAGGAAAAGAAGUCUUCCGGGCUCAAGGGGGUGCUGAGGAGAAUAUUUGGAUGA